GAGAGAGAGAGAGAGAGAGAGAAAGCACUAAGGAUAAGCAAGACAGAAUGAUAAUGAAGGUCUGGUUUGCUGUCCAUAAGAUACCUUGAGAAUUUCCAAGUUUUCUGCUGCCUUGAAAAAAAUGGGGGUGAGAGCUCUAUAGGGACUACCUCCAGACUCUCUCAAGAGGGAACUCUGGGGAUCAAGUGUGGGGACUGUUGUUGUGUGGAUCCUACCAGAUCUUGAGAUUUUAGGUCUCUGGGAAGCCCUGAAACUUUUACACUACAUCAAGAUGAAGACAUCUGGGCCAAGAUAUGACACAAGCAGGAAUUCUGAAUUCCAACAAUGUGGUAGCAAAUGAUGACUAGUAUCCACCACAGCAACGGACCAGCAAGCAUGAGUGUCAAUAAAGUUUCAGCUUUCUCAUUGACAUUGGAACAAAAGACAGGCUUUGCGUUUGUGGGGAUUCUGUGCAUUUUCUUGGGCCUUCUUAUUAUUAGAUGCUUCAAAAUCCUGCUGGACCCCUACAGUAGUAUGCCUUCCUCCACUUGGGAAGAUGAAGUGGAAGAGUUUGAUAAGGGAACCUUUGAAUAUGCACUUGCAUGAAGACCCUGCUUUCAUUUUCAUAUUUAUCCAAGUUCAAUGGAAAAAAUAAAAAUAACAACAACAACCUGUGGCUCAUACAUCUGUAACCAUCACUGAUGCAAUGAAAGGAGGCUUGUGGCAUCCAU